AUGGCAACACCAUUCAACAUAACAGUAGUCAAUGUUUAUGCUCCAACAUCUGACGCCUCAAGAGAAGAUAUUGAAACAUUCUACGACGACUUGGAAGGUACAAUAUUAAAAACUCCGAAAAAAGAUAUACUUAUCAUAACUGGUGAUUGGAACGCAAAGGUGGGUGAUGACAAUGCACGCUGGGAGUGUGCAAUGGGCAAAUAUGGCUAUGGAAAACGAAAUGAACGUGGUGAACAAUUAUUAGAAUUCGCAACAUCACACAACUUAUUCAUUUGCAACACAGCAUUUCAACAAAAAGCAAGUCGAAAAUGGACAUGGGAAUCACCAAAUGGUUUACACAAGAACAUGAUUGAUCUAAUAUUUAUCCAAAAGCGCUGA